UGAUUUUCCAUAUUUCAUGGCAAGAGGUACAGCCAGACUCUUCCUCAGACUGCCUCCAUCCCAUCUCACCAGACUUUAUCCCUAACCUGAUCUCCCUUUGCUGCCUAGGUAGGCCUGACCUUCCUACAGGGAGUGAGCUGAUGAUACAGUGCAUGUAAAUUCAGCAAUUUGUUUACAGCGACCACAGAGCAUGCCAGGUAUCCAAAGUCAAUUAUGCAAACGAAAAAUGGAAAUGCUGUAAAAGAAUCUCUCGGGACUUUGCAUUUCCAUUUGUCUGAAAUCAGAGGAAAGCAUCCCGCAGUGUCGGUCCCCCUUCCCCCAUGAUAUAUAGUUUAAAACAUAGGUGGCACUGGAAGAUUGUAUCUGAGCGCUGUUAGGAGUUUCCUGGAGUUUCUUCUGUCUCUUCCUGGCUGGACCUUGCAUGUCAUGGUGUCAGAAGUCAAGCUUAUAACACAAAGAUCCCCAGGGGGGGAGGGCAGUUUGGGCUAGCAAGCAUCCCAAAACCUUAAAACUCCCAAAGCCAGAAGAACCCAGUCUCUGUCUCUGGUCCCCUGCAAACAUAUCCACUGGAGGUGUUUUGUUCUGUUUUGACUUAUUAAGUCCUUUGGAAGAGAUUUCUGCAUAGGUUAAAUAGAUUGCCUUGCCUAUCAGCCCGCUACCCACAACACACUCUGCCCAUCUUCUGCAUCCAUAUUAAUCAAGUUGCUCUCUCUGUGUGUAGUCGAUUUUCAUUCUGCCCCAAGUAAUUGCCGUAUGACCAACUUGCAAAUUAUGCACAUUUAACUUACGCAAAUUCAGCUUUAGGUAUUUGGCCCCAAAGGAGGAGGUGGAUCUUGCAAAAGAAAAAAACUUCCCACCUGCCAUUACACUCACCUUGGGAGAGCGUUCGAAGUUGCAGGGUGAGAGUGUUUUGACUCUAUGCUAUUUUGGCUUUAUGUGCAGUUCCUAGAAUGUAACCCUCACAUAAACAGAGUCAGCUGUAGCCUGUCAGGUCGUAAACCUCUCUGGACCAAGGGAGAAACAUUUCAUCCCCAGGCAAUUCUUUCCCUCACAGGGAAGUAUACAACCUACCAACCCAAACUGACAGAGAUUGGUUGAUCAUUGAAGUCCCAGCAUAUGUCGAAAUCCAAGUAUAUGUGAAUAACAUGAUACCUGGUUCUGUCAUUAGUAACAGAGUCCUUCUGAGAUUUGCAUUUCUUUCCACACCAUGAUCUCAUCAUUUUAAAAGCCCAAGUCUCCAGCGUUUCCACUGCUGGACAUCCAAAAGAAACCAGGAGAAUUACACGCUGAUAAUUCAUGCAUUCAGGCUUUUCUCGUGGAGAGUAACAACAAUGGGCAUAACUACUCCUUUUGGCAUCUUUUUCCAGACCUUUUUAGCAAUUGAGUCUGCUGUAGCCUUUUUAGGAAAUGGAUUUAUCAUAGUUGUGAAUGGGCACCGAUGGCUCCAAAACAGGAAGAUGGCCCCUUGCGACGUCCUCUUGACCGGUUUGAGCACCUCCAGAAUUAUGCUACAGCUGACCGUCAUGAUAAAUAAUAUUCUGUACAACAGCCUUCCAGAGAACUAUAUGCGUACUUCUACAAAAGAGAUUGGUGUAUAUUUCUGGUUGUUUCUCAGCAGUGUUAGCCUCUGGUGUGCCACAUGGCUUGAUAUUUUCUACUGUGUGAAGGUCACCAACUUCCCCCAUCACCUGUUCCUCUGGCUGAAGCUAAGGAUCAAUGUGCUUGCACCUAGACUGCUCGGAAUGGCAAUCAUAGCUCUCAUGCUCUUCUCUGUUCCUCCAAUCAUUCUUUAUUUUGAAAAUAAGAAGCUCUGUAAUCUCUCAGGAACUCUGACACAGAAUGCCAGCCUCAGCAAGGUUUGCAAAGACCCAUUAUCUGCUUUUAGAAUUCUACAGUACUGUUCUAUGUGCAUGAGUUUCAUCCUGAGCGUAACAGCAUCCAUGCUUUUUCUCAUCUCUCUUUGGAGGCACAUAAGGAAUCUAAGAAAGAGUGGCUCUGCCAUUAAAGACCUCAGCACUCAGGUCUAUCUCAACGUCAUGAAGUCUUUGUUGUUCUCUCUGUUCUUUGGCAUUAUGUAUUUUGCUGCUUUACUCAUUCGUAUGGCUAAUUUCUACAUGUCUGGCAUAAAUAUGCUAUUAGUUUUUGAUUUAGUGCUGUCUGCCCUCCUUUCAGCACACUCAGUAAUCUUGAUAUUGUCCAAUGCAAAACUCAAAGUAAUCUUAGUGCACAUUCUGAAGCUCAGAUAAAGAAAAGAGGGCUUUUGACAUGCAUCCCUUGUGCAAAAGAAAAUCCCCAAAGAUUUUCCCACCAGCCAUUUCCCCCCUUGCUCUAUCUAUAUGUGUGCGUGUGUGUGUGUGUGUAAUACUUGUCUCAGGUGUAUUGGCUUGUAUUUCUCUCUUCACAUCCCAAAUGGACAAAAUGUUACCAUUUAUUAAUUUCUGGGGUUUAGGAGGGUCCCCCUCACAAAUCUAUAACACCAUCAACAAACCACUUUAUUUUAGCUUCAAAUGUGGUUUGCCUUUUAAUGGAGAAGACUGCACAUACCCCUCUGCUGGACUGCCCAAUCCAGAUUCAUGCCUUUAAUAGGAUAUUUUUAUUCACAAUUGGCACUAACUGCUGCAGAUGUUGUGGUGUGGGGAGUGAAGCCUUGGGAUGCAGAGCUGUGUGGCCCAGAAUCUGCUCUUCAUCCCCAACCUAGACUGCUACCCUCAGAUAGGCUGAAAGGGGCACCCACUGUUAGAGUAAGGGUAUUUUCACAUUGUCACCUUAGUGUGCAGUAUUCUGUAUUCCCUUCAACUAAACUCAGGUGUAAAUAUGUGUAAAUACUGGAAAUACUUGUCCUAAUCAUUUAGUUCAUUGGAACUUUUUCUAAUCAGUUGACCAUUAUGACAAAUAACAACAUGUAAUCUACUCCUCGCCGAAGAAUUGAUGCUUUUGAAUUCUGGUACUGGAGGAGGCUCUUGAGAGUCCCAUGGACUGCAAGAAGAUCAAACCUCUCCAUUCUGAAGCCCUGAGUGCUCACUGGAAGGACAGGUCGUGAAGCUGAGGCUUCAAUACUUUGGCCCCCUCAUGAGAAGAGAAGACUCCCUGGAGAAGACCCUGAUGUUGGGAAAGAUUGAGGGCACAAGGAGAAGGGGACGACAGAGGACGAGAUAGUGGGACAGUGUUCUCGAAGCUACCAGCAUGAGUUUGACCAAACUGCGGGAGGCAGUGGAAGACAGGAGUGCCUGGCGUGCUCUGGUCCAGGGCGUCACGAAGAGGCAGACACAACUAAACGACUAAACAACAACAAUCUACUCCUUGCCCUGAGAUUUGAAACUCUUCCUUUACAAUAUUGUAAAGUUUAUUCAUUUACGACGUCUAUAAAUCUCUUUCCUUCUUAAAAGCAUUGUUAAUUUAAAUGGCCCAUAAUCUCUAGUGUUUCUAGAUGGUGAUGAUAUUGACUUGUUUGGUUUUAAUGUUAUCCUAUUUUUAGUAUGUUAACUGCUGUAAACUGCUCUGGUAAACCUUGGAAUGAAAGACAGUAUAGAAAUGAUUUUAUCAAUAAAGUAGUAAUA